AUGAACGACUAUUACACCUCUUUGACCACUCUCUACAUACCAUGUUCAGCUUUGAAACAUCCGCCUCUGGGUGGUUGGCCGAACAUUACUGCGGGGGCGACAAAGUGUCUGGACAAAUCGCAUGUUGUCAUUGAGGUCAUGAAUCAUUUACCAUACAUUGAUGAGGCUGAGGCCGGCGAGAUGAUCACGAACAUUCACUACAAGAGCGACGUAGUAGAUUACUCCACAUACACAGCUGAGGACUUCGAGAAAUGUGAUGUAUCGUAUGGAGAGGACGGACUCAAAGUUUGCAUUAAAGAGAUGGAGGAGCGGAGAAGGGAAGAUGAAGAGCAGCAGGAGCAGGAUGAAGAGGAGGAUGACGACAGCGAAGACGAAGAAACCAAUAGCGACGACGAGCACGCACCGCAUGACGAAGGUUACAGUUCCAACGAAGAAGAAGACUUCGGCGACGACCCCGACGACGUCGACAUAAAAGACAUCCUCCUCCUAUCCAUGGGCUACGAAUCCGGCGGACGGAUCCUCCUCCUCGACGUACACAAAGGCAUCAUCCACGAAGACAUAGUCCGCUGCCAACUCGUCUCUGGCGUAUGGAUAGAAGACUUCUUCGACGAUAUGAAGGACAAGCUCCGGAGGCUGGAUUGCGUACCCGUAAGAGGCGAGUUCUACGAGGGCGUGUCUGAGGUGGAGGAUAAUGGGUCGGUGCCUGAAACUGCGGAUGAGUCUUUGGAUGAACAUGACGAGGAGCAUGUGAAGGUAUGCAAGAGGAUUUAUCGCAAGUUUGGGUGGCCGGGGGAGGGGUAUAGGAAGGAUGAGGCGUUGGAGGCGGUGGAGAAGUAUCGGGUGAGUGCUUGGGGUUAUUGA